AUGUCUGCCCCGCUAGCCAACGUCGGCAUCCUGUCCAUCGGGAGCAUGGGCUUGGGCAUAGCCAAAUUGCUCCAGGCCCACAACUACCGCGUCUUCACAAACAUUGCAAAUCGCAGCUCUGCAACCCAAGCGCGCGUGUCCUCGGCCUCCAUCAGCCUGGUAAACACUGACACAGAGCUCGUUGCGCAAUGCGACUACAUCCUCUCCAUAGUCCCUCCUCGAGAUGCUGUAGUGACGGCCGGCCGCAUCAUCAGCGCUCUCAAUGCGUCGCCAGCUCCACGACCAACCUCGGGCCACCCCCUCUACUUCCUUGACCUCAACGCGAUCUCGCCUUCUACCGCUCGCGCUAUCAAUGCUACCUUUGAGUCCCAGACUCCGGCGUUGCGAUUUGUAGACGGCGGCAUCAUCGGCGGCCCGCCCUCGGUCGCCUCAGACUCGACCUGGAAACGUCCUGGCAUACCUAUCUCUGGCCCCCACGCCCUCACUGCAGCCCCAGUCAACGGCAAGCAUCUCGCAGAUACGCUGAAUACCGAAUACGUAUCCCCUACAAUUGGCUCUGCGUCCGGCUUGAAGUGCUGCUUUGCGUCGAUAAACAAGGGCAUUGCCGCUCUCGCCCUACAGUCCUUCAGCACGGCAUCCUCGCUAGAGGUUCUGCCACACAUGCAGAAGUAUCUCGAGGAAUACAGUCCGGCGGUAGGGCAGCUGGCAGCGAGAGGCUUGGUGGGAUGUCCCCCGAAAGCGUAUCGAUGGGUGGAAGAGAUGAAUCAAAUCGGUUUGUGUUUCGAGGAAGAGGGAGGAUGGGGUGCACAGGGCCAAGUUUUUGGAAAGCGACGUCGCGCUCCUCUGCGAGCACUCCACCGCGUCCGCCUUCGAUCUCGCAAACGUGGAACAGCUGCACAUGCAGUGGCUCUACCAAGCCGAAGAAGUCUUCAAGGCGCAGCCGUUCCGGCGAUACCUCCUCGGCAUCCUCUUCAUCCGCCCGGCGGCUAUUAUCGUGUACAGCGACCACUCUGA